AUGUCACUAACAUUCCUCAUGCAGCAGCAGCAGCAGCAACAACAGCAGCAGCAGCAGCAGCAGCAGCUGCUGCUGCUGCUGCUGCUGCGGCUGCAGCAACACCAACAACAGCAGCACCUGCAGCAGCAUCAGCUGCUACAGCAACGGCGCCACCUGCAGCAGUAUCUGCAGCAGCUGCUACUGCUGCUGCACCUGCAGCAACAGCAGCAGCAACAGCAGCAGCAGCAGCAGCAGCAGCAGCAGCAGCAGCAGGUGGUGUCUUUGUCUUUAUUUUGCGGGUGUUACAACCCCACCACAAUUUUGAUUUAUUUGUUUUUCUUUUCUUUUUAUUACUUUUAUAAAAAAUAUACAAAAUAA